AUGACUCCUAUUUACUUCACAAUUACAUCAGCAUUUAUUCUUGGCCUCACAGGACUAGCUUUCAAUCGCUCCCAUCUAUUAUCCGCCCUUAUUUGUCUUGAAGGGAUAAUGCUCUCCCUGUUUAUUGCAAUCGCUAUCUGAUCAAUAGUAAUAAGCUCCCCAUCUCUAUCACUGGCACCUAUAGUCUUAUUAACAUUCUCAGCCUGCGAAGCAAGUUCUGGACUGGCCCUACUUGUAGCCGCCACUCGCACCCACGGAACUGACCACCUCAAUAACCUCAACCUUUUACAAUGUUAA